AAACCUAUAAAUACUCCUAAUCUUAAACAUUUUUUCAUAUCUCUUCUCCAAUAUAUUAUAUUUAUUAUUUAUAUAUCUACUUUAUAGUUUAUACUUAAGAAGUUAAGAUGGAAAAUCAAGAUGCCAUUAUACGGUAUAAUUUUGAUAAGCAGAAGGACCCGAAGACCGGGAUGUGGUACGCAAUUUGCAAAUGGUGCGAGAAAAAAUGUAGCAUGGGGGUUUCUGGCGGAUUCGGAAUGGCAAUCAAGCAUAUGAAGUCAUGUGACAAAGCCAAAGAAUCGGGAGUUGGUGAUGACUUUGACGUUCUUAAGUGGUGGAAGGAAAAUGAAAGAACAUUCCCGAUUUUAUCAAAGAUUGCUAAGCAAGUGCUAGCAAUGCCGAUAUCAACCGUUGGCGUGGAACAAGAAUUUAGUGCGGUCGGCAAUGUCAUAACCGAUUAUAGAAUGAGGUUGAGCUCGAGCUCUCUUGAGACACUAGUUUGCUUUCACGAUUGGUUGAAGGUCCAACGAAGAACUCAAGAAAUUACCAACACUCCCACCCGUCACUUUAUGGAGGAAACAACUGAAGGCGGAGAUUCCGAUUGAUUUUUUAUUACAAAAUGUAUUACAUUUUUUAAAUUCAUCCUAAUUCUCAAUUGUACUUCUUAUUUGAAAUAAAUAUACUUGAAUUAGAAUAUAAUAUAUUGUAAUUGUA